CAGGUGAUUGACGAGGAAGUAAACAACUCCGAAGAGAAGAGACAUCUCGACUGGGAAAGGUCCAGCUCUCCAGAUGACGUCCCUUAUCUGCACUUUACAACACCAUCAAGACGAUGUCAACUGGUGCGCCUACUCGGCCAAGCUGUUAGCCACAUGUUCUGGGGACAAAACCCUCAGGAUAUACGACGCCCGUGAUUUCUCCGAGCUGCCUUUUUCGCCGCUGACGGGUCACGGCUACAGUGUCCACUGCUGCUGCUUCAGCGCCUGUGGUCAGUUCCUGGCUUCGUGCUCCACAGAUGCGACCACGGUGAUCUGGUCUAUGGUCUCGGGUGAGAUCGAGGCUGUGCUGGAGCAUCCUGGCCGCAGCCCUGUCAGGAUCUGCGCUUUCUCUCCUGACUCUCUCCACUUGGUUUCUGGUGCAUCUGAUGGCACUUUGGCUCUUUGGGAUUUUCCCUCCAGACAGCUGCGAAGGACCGGGGCAGUGAAUGACACAACAAUGGUAGCCUGCUCCUUCAGCCCCUGCAGUCAGAUGUUUAUGACUGGCUCCACAUACGGAGACCUGCGUUUGUGGGACCUGUGCAUGAACCAGCUCCACACAGAGAAGAAUGCCCACGACCUGGGCGUCUCCUGCUGUACCUUCGCUCCGAGCAUCCUCAGCGGCGGUCAAGUUGUGCAGUUUCGCGUGGCGUCUUGUGGACAGGACAGCCUGCUGAAGAUAUGGGCCAUAAACAAGUUGAGCUCUGGAGCGUAUAAGAUGAAGCUCCUGCACACGUUAACUGGCCAAUCAGCUCCCGUCCUUUCCUGUGCGUACUCCUCAGAUGGGCAGCUACUUGUGUCUGGCUCUGUGGACAAAACAGUCACAAUUUAUGAUGCUGAGAAUGCAGUUUUGCUUUACAGGCUGAAACAGCACGAAAGGUACGUGACAGCGUGCGCCUUCUCUCCGACCUCAUCGCUUAUUGCAACAGGAUCUAUGGAUAAGACCGUAAACAUCUGGAGGCUGGAGGAUGGUUGCAGUGGAAACGGCGGGAAGCUGUUGCCUGAAGAAUCUGCUCAGACUUCAAUCAAAGGGAGAGCCUCGGGAGGCCGAUCGAAGCUGCUGGUCAGCGAUUGGUCGGAGGAUGAUGUGUCAGAGUGGCUGCUGGAGGAAGGCCUCGAGGGAUUGGUGGACAGAUUUAAGGCCAAUAACAUAGAUGGGACAGAGCUGCUCAGCCUCACCAAGGAAACACUGGCGUCAGAGCUGCACGUCGAGUCAGUCGGCCUGCGCAGUAAACUCCUGAGGAAGGUGGAGGAGCUGAAGAGUGAUUCAGUGUGUUUAGGCAUUCCCGAUGAGUUCCUGUGUCCAAUCACCAGAGAACUGAUGAAGGAGCCAGUUAUUGCUGCCGAUGGCUACUCGUAUGAAAAAGAGGCCAUUGAGAGCUGGAUUAGUACCAAAAACCGCUCCAGCCCCAUGACCAACCUCCCCUUGCUGACGACUCUGCUCACCCCUAACCACACCCUGAAGAUGGCUAUUGGUCGCUGGAAGACCAGCCACUAGACAUCUGUGGAUCUCUGAGCUGGCGUGCUAAUGAUUUUUCACUGAAGUGUAGAGAAGCAGAACGCAGUGCUCAGAUAAAUGCCCACAGCACGGUUUCAGGAAAAGGUGUGCCUGAUAGUUACCCAGAUUUUAAACGACCAACCCGAAUCAACAAUCAGCUGCCUGCUAUCACACAGAGGGGGAAAAAGACCAGCAUGAGCAUCCAGAGUUUUGAAGAAUGCACUUAGCUAUUCACUCAAAUUCAACUAGCUUUAGCUGCAGCAAAUAUGUCACUUUUAGGCUGGAUUAUGUUUUCAGUUUCCUCAUAUUUAGGAUUAUAUUUGGUCCUUCCUGUGAAAUCCCUGCUUUGAUUUUUGAUCAGUGAAGAAUGGGGAAAACUAUUUGCCUGCAUUGCUUUUAAUGAUUCCCCUAACCUCACUUUACAAAUAGGUGACUAUUUUGUUAUUAUGUGAAACUGAU